AUGACAACCCAUCGGAAAAUCUUGAUUGUCGCCUAUCAAGGCCAAGGCCACAUCAUUCCAGCCCUCCGGUUCACCUACCGCCUCCUCAAACUGGGUGUCCAUGUCACCUUUUCCACCAGUGUCUCCGCUAUACGACGAAUCGACAAGGAAACAACCCCUCACGGACUAACAUUCGCUCCAUUCUCCGACGGCCAUGACGAUGGCAAACAACCAACAACCACCUUGCAACAAUUCCUCUCCGAUAUCUCUACGUAUGGUGCUCUUGCGGUUGCAGAAAUCAUCAGCUCCGCCGCAGCUGGAGGCCAACCCUUUGACCACUUGGUUUACACCACCACCAUCCCAUGGGCGGCGCGUGUUGCGCAUGCUCAAGGUAUUAAAUCCACUCUCCUCUGGUGCCAGUCGGCGACUAUCUUGGAUAUUUACUACUACUAUGUCAAUGAACACCAAGUUUUGAUUUCCGGUAUCAAAAACAACCAGACGUCUCCGAUCAACUUACCUGGACUGCCACCAUUAACCACCGCUGAUUUGCCAUCUUUUCUUACGCCGUCAUGCCCAAAGGAACAUGUUUUUGUUCAGCAGGAUUUGAAAGGUCAUAUCGAGGUCCUCAAAACAGCUCCAAGAAUACUUGUUAACACUUUUAAUAAACUCGAAGUCGAACCCAUUAAAGCAAUUGAUAAACUUGAGUUCCUUCCGAUUGGACCCUUAAUCCCAUCGGAGUUCUUCGACAGAAAUUCCUCCAGCAGUGAUUGCUUCGAAAGAACAGAAGAGGAUUACAUCCAAUGGUUAAACACAAAACCCAAAUCUUCGGUGGUGUAUGUUUCAUUUGGAACAAUAGCGCAGUUGUCAAUGGAUCAAUUGGAGGAGAUGGCAAUUGGGUUGCUGGAGAGCCGGCGGCCAUUUUUAUGGGUGAUAAGAGAUAGUGAGCAAGCAGGAAGAUUAAGCAAGAUAGAGGAACUGAGAAAACAAGGGAUGAUAGUUGGUUGGUGUUCUCAGGUGGUAGUGUUGAGUCAUCAAGCAAUUGGGUGUUUCGUGAUGCAUGGUGGGUGGAAUUCAACGGUGGAGACAUUGGUGGCUGGUGUUCCUACGGUGGUGUUUCCACAAUGGUCGGAUCAGUGUACGAAUGCGAAGAUGAUGGAAGAUGUAUGGAGAACAGGGGUUAGGGUGAGAAUAAGAGAGGGAGAUGGAGUGGUGGAAGGGAAGGAGAUUGAGAGGUGUGUGGAAAUGGUGAUGGAAGAUGAGGAUAUGAAGAAAAAUGCAGAGAAAUGGAGAGAUUUGGCAAUAGAAGCUCUCAGCGAUGGCGGAACAUCCACCAUUAAUCUCCAAGCUUUCUUGGAUCAUAUAUGA